GCAUGCUUGACAGUCAGUUUCGAGCAAGCAGGCUUUUACCCGUGCCGGUAGCAGAUGUGUGGUGACUUGGUGGAGAAGUUGAGCAAAUUGGUUUGUUUUUAACCCUGCCAAUGACGCCAGGUGCGUGUAACAUGGAGGAGUUCGUGUGUAUUAAAACGCUUGCGUCAAUAAGAUGCAUUAUCACCAACCACAGUCAUGGAUACCCUCUGGAUGGGUGCCAAAAUGCGUUUCCCAGGUUUACACCUCGACGACAUCUGCCUGGCCCCACAAAAGACACACUCAUUAGCAUCCGUAGCCUCACCGCUGCGAUCGGCCUGAUCAUUCUGCACAAUAGCACUGGCCCUCGCAUUAUUCCGACUGAGGCCAUCCAGGCUGUAACUGCCCUUGCAAUAGCUUGCACCGUCAUCUGGGGAAAUUUCGAAGGUAAUACAGACAACGCCGACGGUGCCUGUGAGUUUUUCGCUUUUCGGUGUGACUCUGUCCCUGGGCAGGACGUGUUCCGUGCCACGGGCAUGAACUUUUUUCAGGAGUCGCUGGUGGCGGAAAUGCUUCGUACACUCCUUGCGUAA